ACGCCGUUCCCUGCGAACGUGUGUUGUCCUCGCGGACCGUGCGCCCGUCCUCGGCGGCGCGAAUGACAUUCCGUUGGUGCUUGCCGAUCGUACGCGAUUUCCAGAGGUACACUCACGACGAGAGGGACGAUGACGUGAAUGCGAUCGUGAUCCAAAGAGGCUCCUCGACGAGAAACGUCCGAAGAAAUCGAUCAAGUUCGAGUUUUCGGAGCACUCAGAGCUACGCACAUGUUUGGUAUUGAUGACUGGUGACAACCCACGCGCGCCGAAACAGUGCCUCGGCCUUCUCAGGGAGAUGAUUGGCAACGUUGACUGAUCUUGUGAUCGAUGAUUGAGAGACUACGAUCGAUGUUGGCGUUUAGAAUUGUGACGUUCUGAAUAGACUGACGUGCCGAUUGGUGAUCAGGAAACGGGACGAGACUGUAGAUCGCUCUAUUUACUCCGAUUUUACUCCGAGACGAUAUUUAUCGUAAUGAGUUGCGAGCACGUGUGUGAUUUUCCGCAGUCUAGUCAGAGUGAGAAUUCGAGUACAACGCGAUAUGUCACGAAUGGCGGCGACUUCCGAGACCCAGGAGAAUUAUUGAGGCCUCAGGAGGGAAUGGAUCUUCAGAGCGCAAUGGACACCUUUGUAGAGGCAUGGAUGGCUGCUAACACGAAGACGGAUCAAGUACAGAGCCAAGCGUUGGCAUUAACGCACAAAGCCUCGCCACCAUCGAGACCGAGCAGCGUGUCCUCGUUACCGAGGAGUCCUCAGUCUCAUCAGUCCCAGCAAUCUCAGCCGCAGAACGCACCUCAGCACCCAUCGGUACAUCCGUUGCAAUCGCAAACACCUCUCGGUACACCCCAUACACCGUUCUCCGCGCACAACCAGCAUCCAAAGCAAGAAAUCAACGCCAGUCCCAAGCAGGAAGGCUUCGAUCUCAGCAAAUCUGCCUCCAGUACAGCGAAAAAUCUACCGGUGCAUUGUGUGGUGGAGACGAUUCACAAUAUUGUGGAAAGCCAUGUGAGCAACAGCCGUGAAAAAUGGCGAAGUCCCCAAGUGGAGACGGACUCUUACGUUAUUAUUCCGGCAGCUAUGCCCUUUCAGGAUUUGGUGGGCGAGGCACUUGUUCGUCUGGGAUACUCCAGCGAUCUGAUACCAAGUGCUAGAGGGAGCAUCGUUAUACGUAACUGGAAGCCUUUGCCGAUGGAGAAAGUUGCCGAUGGACCACUACUGACAGUAGGAGAUAUUUUGGCCGAAUUGACAUCGGUGGCGACCCUGAAGAUUCAGGUGUACAGAUCCAGGCCGCCACCUCCCAGUCCGGCAGCUGAAGUUAGAAAUAAAUUGCUGAGGUUGCUCUUGUUGCACAGCCACACGCUUCUCGUCUCCGCCGGGUGCCCUUUGGACGAGAUGACUCUGCUAUCCCUCUGUCGAGGCGGCAACGACCUGUCAGAAGAGACAAAGAGAAAUUUUGAAACGUGGCUGCAGCAACAACAGAUAGGUCUCGGUAUAAAUCCAAUAGCACCAACUUCCAAUCACCAUCAUCACACGCAAAGUCCACAGCCCGAUAGCGGUGGCACGAUCGCUCCCGGCGGCGGUCCGAUCGGACCACCGCAUCCGGCACUUCUUCAGUAUUCGCACAAGACCAGGAUGAGGACCAGCUUCGACUCGGAGCUCGAAUUGCCGCGUCUCCAGCGUUGGUUUGCUGAGAAUCAACAUCCGUCACGCGAACAAAUACAGCACUAUGUCGCGGAAUUGAACUCUCUAGAGUCGCGUCGCGGCAGGAAACCACUGGACGCGAAUAAUGUCGUGUACUGGUUCAAGAACGCCAGGGCAGCGCAGAAGAGAGCCAGCAUGAAUGGCUGCAGUCCACCUGGACUUAGCCCGAGGGGCGCCAGCAUCGUUAGCGAGGACUGCACGGACGAAGAGGAGGACACUAGGCAUCAGUCGACAUCGGGGUCACCCUGUCCACCGAGUAGUCCACCUGUCGGUCCACUGUCCUUGACUACAAGACCCGAGGAUCAGCAACAACCGCCGACAUCUACUCCAGCCUCGGUAAAGCAAGAGGACGCGAGGGUUUCCUCUGGUUCCGAGGACGACGAAACCAGGCAUACGGGCCCCAUUCCGCCAGGAUUUUCCUUGGUACCCAGCCCCAUGUUCGGUCACGGUAUAAUGUACAUGUCGCAUUAUCUGCCGCCGCGCGGACCUGCCGGUUGUCCCACCAGCAUGCUAGCCGACGAGAGAAGGAAGAGGAACCGGACGUUUAUCGAUCCCGUGACGGAAGUGCCGAGAUUAGAGUAUUGGUUCAAGCGGAGCACUCAUCCAAGCCACGCGCUCAUUCUGUCGUACACGGAGGAGCUGAACAAGAUGCCCUAUCGCCAGAAGUUUCCACGUCUGGAGCCGAAGAACGUGCAAUUCUGGUUCAAGAACCGCAGGGCCAAGAAUAAGCGGCUGAAGAUGGCUCUGUUCGAGGGCGAGUCGCCGCAACAGCAUCCAUAUCACGCCGACUAGUUAAUUUCCUUAAAUAAUAUUGACUAGAGAAGCGCGAGAGAGAGGCUUGGCCUUUGCAGCACGGAAAUAAAUGGAAACCGUUAACCGACUUGUUACUCCUUACUAUCGUUGACACGCGGUUUUAAACGUUUACCGGCCGCACAUUCAUUGUAAUUAUCACGUAACAAUUAAUAUAAUUAUUAUGGACUUUCAUGAGUGUAAAUACGAGGUGAUGUCAAAUAAAAAGUAUACGUCACGACAAA